AAAGAUUUGCAAGUGCCAAAUACACUUACAAAUCGCCAGAAAAUGAUUCGGUCAUGCCUGCUUCAAUUCAAGGAUGGCGAAUUGCCUCCAUGCCAUAAAGAAGAGCCUGAAUGUCCAUCUUUCAGUCUGGAUGUGCCGGACACAAAGGCUGACAGUGAUGUAGUCUCUAGUCCUGUAACAGAUAACUUGGAAUCAAAUUGUGCUUCCAUUUCUGACAAGGAUAUAGGCCAAAAUAAAUCACCAUACAUCUCUACACAGAGCAGUGAGGAAGAAAUUAAAUUCUUCACAUGUUCUUUGCCACGUCAGCCAUGUUUCUUUUUCAUUGAACGCAAAGACUGGCAAGAGCUAAGACAACACCAGGAAGGCAGACUUUUUCAAGGACUCCAAUGGACAAAUGUAAUUGCCAAGGGCAUCAAAUCCAUUCAUCCAUACUGCAGCUUUGCUUUUAAGCGACACAGAGUGAAAACCCUGGGGUCACAGACACAGGGUCCAAUUUUUACAUGUAAGGGGUACUGUCGUUUUGAAGACUGCCCAGUGGAAGUACAUGCUGAAGUUGCUGAUGAGAGCUCCCUAAAAGCAGCAGUGGUUUUCUCUGGAGGUGAUGUAUGCCAUAACAGCAAAGAACUGCAAAGAAGGCCAGUGCGUGCAGCCGCACGACAGGCAACUGCAGAACUCUUGGAAACAAAAUUACCGCAGAGUUUGUAUUCGGAGUCCAUGCAAAAGAUUACACCAAUGGUCAUCGAUUCAGGGUGCAGGGAUGAUGCCCCAACUAAAAACGUGCUAAAAAACAUUUCAUGGAGUGAAAGAAAAAAAAACAGACUUCAUUCUGAUGAGCUUCCAAGUUUAAAAGAACUGAUUGACCAACAGCGUGGCACAACAAUGAUGUCCUGCAGAAGGUAA